CACAACGCAGCAGCUUGAGCCGCGAGGAGGACCGUGGGAGAGCAGGAAGGUGUCAAGUUCACUGUCCGGAGCGCCGACACCGGUACCGGUGCCACAGCAGCCGCACGCACUCGUCCUCCGCUGCAGCACGCACGCACGCACGCACGCACACACACACACACACACACACACACACACACACACACACACACACACACACUGAAGAGCCAACUUUGUCGCCUACGUGGGUUCCCGGUCCGAUUCCGAGUUCGGUUCGACAGCAGCGGGAUCAGGAUCAACAUCCAACCCUGGAUUCACUACUGCUGAUCAAUGGACAGAGCCUGGUCGGCGGGCAGCAACGCUAUAGACACGCCGUGAACAACUCAUUCUCUCUGGCUGGAGCUCCUGUUGGGGUGUGGAGGAGAAUGGAGCGAGGAGGGGAGAGUCCCGUCACUCAGGGCAGCCCUGAGCAGAGGGGCGGCAGCCCAGACCUCAGCGGCCUCCCACCUCCGGGGAAGAAGGGCCGACUGGAGCUCAAUGGGAGUCCAACGGGGCCUCGCAUGCGCCACAAUGGAGCUCCCCCACAGUCCCUGGGAGGUCUGAUGAUUCCAGUCUUCUGUGUGGUGGAGCAGUCGGAUGGGGGGAUGCAGGCGGAGGUGUGUGAGGCACGAGAAGAGCACGCUGAGUUUGUGUUGGUCAGGAAGGAUAUUCUCUUCUCUCAGCUGGUGGAGACAGCUCUGCUGGCCCUCGGCUACUCCCACAGCUCAGCCGCACAGGCCCACGGCAUCAUCAAGGUGGGGAGGUGGAACCCUCUGCCCGUUCAUUUUCUCACCGACGCACCAGAGGCGACUGUCGCCGACAUGCUGAUGGAGGUCUAUCACAUGGUCACACUACGCAUCCAGCUGCAAAGCUUUGCCAAGCUGGAGGACCUUCCCUGUGAGCAGUGGAACCAUGCCACUGUCAGGAAUGCUCUGAAGGAGCUGCUGAAGGAGAUGAACCAAAGUACUCUGGCCAAAGAGUGCCCCCUGUCUCAGAGCAUGAUUUCUUCCAUAGUGAACAGUUCUUACUACGCUAACGUCUCCAUCGCCAAAUGCCAAGAGUUUGGUCGUUGGUAUAAGAAGUAUAAGAAAAUCAAAGGUGAUUACCUGGAGAAGAUGUGGCCCGGACGAGACCCAGCAGAGAUUAAAAUUGAGAGGGACAGCAUGGCUGACUUCUGUGUGCUGGGGCAGAGACCCCCCCCUCACCUGGCUGGUCUGGCCCAGCUCAGCCACCUGAGUGCCAGCAGCCCCCUCCUCAAAGCCGGAUCUAGUGAUCCUCAGACACCCUCCCAGCCUCUCCAGCAGCCCCCCCCUCCUCCACAGCAACAGUCCUCCCCUCAUGGCCCCCUUCACCACAGCCCUCCUCUCCGGACAGGACAGGUGCCGCCUCCUCCUCCACCACCUCCACCUGGUGCUCUUCAGCCCCUGCUGGGGCCAGGUGGGAUCCUCUCCCCUCAACUUUCCCCCCAGCUGGUUCGCCAACAGCUCGCUAUGGCCCACCUCAUCAACCAGCAGCUCGCAGUGAGCCGCCUGCUGGCGCAUCAGCACCCCCAAACCCUCAACCAGCAGUUCCUCAACCACCCGCCCAUCCCUCGCCCAUCCAAAAGUGGGGGCGACCAUCCUGGAAGCAAUCCUUCAGCAGCUGAGGUCUCCUCGGAAAUCUACCAGCAAGUCAGAGAUGAGCUAAAGCGAGCCAGCGUCUCCCAGGCCGUGUUUGCUCGCGUGGCUUUCAACCGUACUCAGGGGUUGCUCUCAGAGAUCCUGAGGAAGGAGGAAGACCCCCGCACAGCCUCGCAAUCCUUGCUGGUCAAUCUGAAGGCCAUGCAAAACUUCCUCAACCUGCCUGAGAGUGAGAGAGACCGGAUCUACCAGGAGGAGCGGGAGCGCACCAUGAACCCGUCUGUGGGACUUCCUGCCUCCAACUCCUCCAGCCCCGCCGCGCCCCGCCUCUCUCAGGUCAGAAAAGUGUGGGAGAGGAGCCUGGAUGACCAGAUUACCCCGGACACCUGGGCCUCCAUCUGGAAGAACAAGACCAAGAUCUCUAACUCUCCCAAACCCCCCGGCCCCAGUUCUGACAUCCCCCUGAAGCUGGAGUCGCUGGUCCACAUCUCAGCUGGCAUUUAUGACGAGAUCCAGCAGGAGAUGAAGAGAGCCAAGGUGUCGCAGGCUUUGUUUGCAAAGGUGGCUGCCAACAAGAGCCAGGGCUGGCUGUGUGAGCUGCUGCGGUGGAAGGAGAACCCCAGUCCAGAGAAUCGGACCUUGUGGGACAAUUUGUGCACAAUCAGGAGGUUUCUGACACUGCCGCAGACGGACAGGGACCUGGCCUACGAGGAGGAGUCCCGACACCACCACACUGAGAGGCUGCACACCGUCCUUCACCUGCCACAGGAGGCCCAGCUUUUCCUUCUUUUUCAACAGGUUCUCCACAGGCCUCCACCAGUUACAAUCAAGGAGCACCAACUCUCUCCAAUGCACGAGGAGCCGUUACCUGCUCCAGUUAAUGAGGAGAGGUCACAGAGUGCUGGAGCAGGAGCAGGAGCAGCAGGCGGAUGUACCCCCAUCACAGUUGGUAGCACCGGAAGCAACAAGAAGCCACGCUCACGCACUAAGAUUUCUUUGGAGGCUUUGGGUAUCCUGCAGAGCUUCAUCCAAGAUGUAGGCCUGUACCCGGACCAGGAGGCCAUUCAUACCUUGUCUGCACAGCUUGACCUCCCCAAACACACCAUCAUCAAAUUCUUCCAGAACCAGCGCUACCAUGUCAAGCACCACGGACGCCUCAAAGAGCUGGGAGAAGGGGCCAGCGGUGGGGUUGAUGUCAGUGACUACAGAGAGGAGGAGCUGCUCUCAGGUUCUGAGGACCCAGAGUCCAGUGAGGACGGAGCUGAGGACAUCUACCAGACCACAGAAGGGAACAGUGGAAGUACGGGGGCACUAAACCAGCCUCCAGUCUCCUCCAGCUCCGCUUCUGGCCAAUCAUCCCUAGAGACCAAUGUCACACAAGAAGAGGGCAAGGACAAGGGGAACAUCCGGCUUGGGGGUGCUCUGGUCACAGCAAACACCACAUCAGGUCCUCAAGAGCAGACUGACUACCAGAGGUAGACACUGAUAAACAGAAAUAAACAAAACACAAAUAAACAGAACACACACACACGGGAACUCAUGAACUGAGGGAGGAUGGCCACACGGAAACUGCACGAGACAGGAAUGUCUAAGCAGGUAUGAGCAGGAAGCCAGUCAGCUGUACAGGACUGAAGUGGCCCAAUGUCUCGGAUGUGUGGAGAGAACUUACCUUAGUGAAGACAGGAGUCUUAGGGAAGUGGUUGUGUAACUGUGACAAUGUUUCAGUAGAUAUCUGUUAAUAGUUCCUCCAGACACGCAUAAGCAGGGAAGAUUUUUACUACUCAUGCCUUUCAAUUCUUCUGAGAAACAAUCACACAGCUUUCCUCUUGUCAGGCAGAGGAGGCCCUCUGCUCUCUGAAGUCGAAGCACAGCCACUCAGAACAUCCAGUUCUCUACAGUCUAGGAUAUUUACCCCAGGCUGUAAUACACACCUGAGGCCUUCAGAGACUGAUGUCAUCCCACAAAUCCUCAGGCAACACACUGACUUUACAUUAUCCUGCCUGAGAGCAGAGGUAGACGGCACUCUGCUGUUCAUCGGUUAGCUUUAUUUCAUUGAGGGAAAGACGGCAGCCACCCUGAUCACACUCCAGUCUCCGUAGCAGUCCUGUUCACCACCGACUCUCCACAUGCUGGCCUCUAGAGGCGUGUGGAUAUAAUUAACAAGGCUCCAGAGGAAGACUGGAUGCUCUGGCAGAAAGAUGGGAUGGAUGGAUGAUGAGUAACACUUCUCUAGUCAUUUAGACCACUGCUAGUUACAUUCACCCACUCACUCGAGUUCAUGUCCCAGUCCAUCAUACCUGAGAGAUCAUGAGAUGGAGAGCAGGGAUCGACACCAAGCUGACACUCUUCCUCACUUUACCCACAAGAGAACAGAGGAUGAAGGCGGAGAGCUUCAGCAACCAAUCAGUCACUUUAUGUGCCCCCCCCCCCCCCCCCCCCCGUCCUGUGUUUCACCACACCUACCCGCACUUAAACUCCACCAACCCUAUUUAUUACUAUCUUUCCCCAUAAUUAUUAUUUUUGUUGUCAUGGUUAGAGUUGUUGUCAUCGUGUGCUAUUUUAGUUGGUUUGUAAAAUCAAGUUUGAGAAGCGAGUGGAUCAGAAGCAGAGAGAGAGCUCCUCCUGUUCUGGAGGAACAAGGAGAAUAAGAGAGACCAGUUACUGAGCAUUAGUGGAUGUCGGGUUGUGUCGCGGCUUUUAUUCUCUCGGUUUUUCUAAAUUAGAAAACGAGUCUUCUUGAAAAGAGGAGCUGUGCUUUGUUUUGCUGCAGUUGACGACAAUCUAUUUCUUUUUGAGCCAUGAAAGAAAAGCGGCAGGUUCUACACUAAUCUUCACUUUAAUGUGUGUAAAUACCCACACGGGCAUAAAUCGUUAUAGUUGUACUUUUAUUUGAAAUUUGCUGAGUGACUGUAAAUGUUUGAGCCAGUUAGAAGAGACUCGGUGAAAAAUCUGAACACAACAGGAAACUAUUGGUUUUGUUGGGCAUCUUGUGCAGUUGUGUAAGUGUGCUGUGUGUCUGAAUCUGAGCACGGAUCCCGAUCAGCUGCUACACGCAGAGGAACUGCCUUCUCGGUCAUUACUCCAUACUGUGCUUUUCUGUGUGACAGGAAUCAGGGUUAGAGUCAAACAGUGAAUUUUUGUCCAUCAGUGUUGAAAUGAAAUAAAAUUUGUGAAUUAAAAA